AUGCAGCACUCCCAGAAUAGCAUCCCUACAGAGGAGCAGAGGGAGGGUGGGCAUCUUGGCUUCCCCCUUUCUCCAAAACUUGACCCACCUCAAAGCCCGUCUCUUUGCAUCUCCUUUUUUGAGUGCCGGCAAAAAAUGGUGGUGGUGGGGGGUAGGGUAGGGCCCCGAGUCAGUGCCCCCCGGAUGCGCCCUCGUCCAAUGGCGUGGUGGAGGCCUGUCUCGGCCAACAGGGAGCUCACUUCUUUCAGCUUUUCUGAGGUUGUAAAGUCCACUGUCACCAUGUCUGACACAGAAGAAGUCGAUCAGGAUUACGAUGCUGUAGAAGAGGAGGUAGUAGAGGAGGAAGUGGAAGUAGAAGUGGCCCCUGAAGUGGCCCCUGAGGCCGAGGCAGAGCCAGAACCAGAACCUGAACCAGAGGUAGAACCCGAGCCAGAACCCGAGCCAGAACCCGAGCCAGAACCCGAGGCUGAGCCCGAGCCCGAGCCCGAGCCUGAAGAGGCCCUUGAAGAGGAAGAGGAGAAGCCAAAGUUCAAGCCUAGCGCUCCCAAAAUCCCUGAUGGUGAGAAAGUGGACUUUGAUGACAUCCAGAAGAAACGUCAGAACAAGGAUCUGGUCGAGCUGCAGGCCCUGAUCGAUCAGCACUUUGAAUGCAGGAAGAAGGAGGAGGAGGAGCUCAUCGCCCUCAAGGAGAGAAUUGAGAAGCGUCGUGCUGAGAGGGCUGAGCAGCAGAGGGUCCGUGCUGAGAAGGAGAAGGAGCGCCAGAUCAAGCGGGAGGAGGAGAGGCGGGUCAGAGAGGAGACUGAUCAGAAGAAGAAGGCCGAUGAGGAGGCUAAGAAGAAAUCCGCUCUGUCCAACAUGGGCUCCAACUACAGCAGCCAUUUGCAGAAAGCUGACCAGAAGAGAGGAGGCAAGAAAGAGACCGAGAGAGAGAAGAAGAAGAAGAUCCUGGCCGCCAGACGCAAGGCUCUCAACAUUGACCAUCUGAACGAGGACAAACUCAAGGACAAGAUCACUGAGCUGCAUGACUGGAUGCGUGAGCUGGAGUCCGAGAAGUUCGACCACAUGGAGAGACUGAAAAGGCAGAAGUAUGAGGUCACAACUCUGCGUAAGAGAGUGGAGGAGCUCAGUAAAUUCAGCAAGAAGGGAGCCGCCGCCCGCCGCAGAAAGUCUCGAAGACCCAAAAACUUCCCACCUGGACCCCCUCCUCUGCCUUUCCUUGGGAAUGUACUCAGCUUGAGCCUUGACAACCCUCUGAAGUACUUUGAAUCGUUGAGGAAGACCUAUGGGAAUGUGUACAGCCUGUACCUUGGACCCAGAGCUACUGUGGUGGUGAGUGGGACCCAGGCUCUAAAGGAGGCUCUGGUGAACAGGGCAGUGGACUUUGCUGGGCGGCCUCAGGACAUGUUUGUCAAUGCACUUGUGGCAGAUAAAGGAGUCAUUUUCGCUGAUUAUGGUCACAAAUGGAAGGAGCAUCGUCGCUUUUCUUUGAUGACAAUGAGAAACUUUGGUUUGGGAAAGCAGUCGAUGGAGCAAAGGAUUCUGGGAGAACUGCAGUACACCAUCAAUCAGCUGCAGAAAAAUCCAGGGAAAACGCUGAAAGCUCAAGUCAUGUUCCACAACAUGGCCUCGAACAUCAUCUGCCUCGUUCUGUUUGGGAAACGAUUUGAAUAUGAUGAUGAGUUCAUAAUCAAAUAUGUGGCACAUUUCACUGAACUGGGCCGGAUGGUGAAUGGACCAUGGGCUUUUAUCUAUGACAGUUUUCACUGUGUUCGAAACUUACCUUUACCAUUCAACAAAGGCUUUGAGAUCUUAAAGGGAUUGACAGGCAUGACUUCCUCCAUAAUAAAUGAUCAACAGAAGAGCAGGGUGCCGGGGCAACCUCGGAAUUUUGUCGAAUGCUAUUUGGAUGAACUGGAAAAGAAAGUCGAUCAGGGAACAACUUUUUCUUCAGAAGAACUAUUGAUGUCUUGCAUCAAUCUACACGCUGCUGGUACAGACACCACAUCCAACACUCUGCUCACUGGAUUUCUCUACAUCAUGACCAAGCCUCACAUUCAGGAGCGCUGUCAUGAGGAGAUAGACCGAGUGCUGGAGGGGAAGGACUCUGUUACUUUUGAAGACAGACACAACAUGCCUUAUGUCCAGGCUGUGGCACAUGAGAGUCAGAGAGUGGCCGACACUGUUCCUCUGAGUGUUUUUCAUGCCACCACCAAAGACACGGAGCUGAUGGGGUACUCCAUUCCCAAGAACACUUUAAUCAUCCCCAACCUGUCCUCAGCGCUCAGUGAGGAAGGACAGUGGAAGUUUCCUCAUGAAUUCAACCCUGAAAACUUUCUCAACGACAAAGGGGAGUUUGUCAAACCGGACGCCUUCUUGCCUUUCUCUGCAGGUCCUCGGGUGUGUAUGGGGGAAAGCCUGGCCCGUAUGGAGCUCUUCCUCAUCCUGGUGACUCUUCUGAGGAGGUUUCAGUUCGUUUGGCCUGAGGACGCAGGAGAGCCGGACUAUGAGCUGGUGUUUGGGAUCACUGUGUCUCCAAAGCCUUACAGCAUGAAGGUGGAGCUGAGGCCGGAGCUGAGGCCUGAGCUGUGA